AUGGCGUCACUGGUUGGGAUUUAUAUCAGGGAGCAACAGGAGAAGUUGAACAUAGCCUUUGUCCAUGUUUCCACCAGGUGUCCUGAGAGCCUGGCAGACCUGUAAAAGCAGAGGCUCACAUGCUUUUACAACAAUGCUCAGCUGGUGUCCUGGGUGGACACUGCAUUCCUCUGCUGCCUCCCGUCCAUCUGUUCUGUCAUUUUUCCUGUCAUCCAGGAACCCUGCAUUGUGAAAAUAAAAAUCAAUGCCAAAUAGCUGGUGGCCAUUUUCUACACAGCCCUGAACAGCAGCACGUGGCAGAAACUGCCUCACCAGAAGGCACUGAAACUACUCAAUGACCUCAGUUUUCGAAUCUGGGCAGAGCAGAAAACUUCUUGUCAGUUUGCGUACAAGAGUUUUGUCAGCAAAGGUUUUGCCUCUUCAAUGACUCCAGAGGAAAAACUAAAACAUGGGCUGUCUUCUUGGGUUGGAAGAACUUUCCCCUGGUUUGACUUGACAGCUGUACCAAUGAGUAAGUCUCUCUUUAGCCAGCUGCUAGAAUAGAGAGAGCUUGUCCAGUGCUAUCCCCAUGCCGCUGCUUUACUAUACCAGGCAUCCUCUGGAGACUGGUCUACAAAGCAGUGUGGGUAAUCAGCACUAUCAGCUGUAGUGGAGCCUGGUGUGAUACUGGAUGAUAAGUCUUCAUGCUCCACAGCUGCUUCCAACAUUUUCUCAGGAAUUCCAGAGGAAACUGCUGAGUAUGAUUCUAAAUUCUAA